UGCGGGGGAGCCCGCCUGCUCGGUUAGGACCUCGGAGAGCGUUCAUUGCCGCGACCAGUGAGACCAGAGAAGCGGCUGGAGCCGGGCGGAUCUACGCAUUCGAGCCCGUCGCCCUCCGCACCCUUCGCUUCCCGGGCUGGCAGGCAGCUAGCGGCCUCUGAGGAAGUGUUUAAAAUGAAGAAGUUUAAUUUUCGAAAAGUUUUGGAUGGCUUUACUGCCUCCUCUCCUGGCAGUGGCAGCAGCGGAGGCAGUAACAGUGGUGGGGCUGGAAGUGGAAGUGGUCCCUUGCAUCCCGGAGGGCCUGCAGGAGUUCUCAGAGAGGAAAUUCAGGAAACCCUGACUUCAGAGUAUUUCCAGAUUUGCAAGACAGUUCGGCAUGGUUUUCCUUACCAGCCUACAGCUUUAGCCUUUGAUCCAGUUCAGAAAAUCUUGGCCAUUGGGACAAGAACAGGUGCUAUACGAAUACUUGGGAGACCUGGUGUCGAUUGUUACUGCCAACAUGAAAGUGGUGCAGCUGUCUUGCAGCUCCAAUUCUUGGUUAAUGAGGGUGCUUUGGUCAGUGCAAGUUCAGAUGAUACACUUCAUUUGUGGAACCUUAGACAAAAAAGACCAGCUAUCCUUCAUUCUCUUAAAUUUAACCGAGAACGAAUUACUUACUGUCACCUACCUUUCCAGAGUAAAUGGCUCUAUGUUGGAACAGAAAGAGGAAAUACACAUAUUGUAAAUAUUGAAUCUUUCAUUCUUUCCGGAUAUGUUAUCAUGUGGAACAAAGCAAUUGAACUGUCCACCAAGACUCAUCCAGGUCCAGUUGUACAUUUAAGUGAUAGUCCAAGAGAUGAAGGGAAACUGCUAAUAGGUUAUGAAAAUGGUACUGUAGUAUUCUGGGACUUGAAAUCUAAAAGAGCAGAACUGAGAGUUUAUUAUGAUGAGGCUAUUCAUUCAAUUGAUUGGCAUCAUGAAGGCAAACAGUUCAUGUGCAGCCAUUCAGAUGGUAGCUUGACUUUAUGGAACCUGAAAAGCCCAAGUCGCCCUUUCCAGACCACAAUUCCACAUGGAAAAAGUCAAAGAGAAGGAAGAAAAUCCGAAUCUUGUAAACCAAUUCUUAAAGUAGAGUACAAGACCUGCAGAAACAGUGAACCAUUCAUAAUAUUUUCUGGUGGACUGUCCUAUGACAAAGCUUGCAGAAGACCAAGUUUAACCAUUAUGCAUGGAAAAGCAAUUACAGUACUUGAAAUGGAUCAUCCUAUUGUUGAAUUUCUAACUUUAUGUGAAACACCUUAUCCAAAUGAAUUUCAAGAACCUUAUGCUGUUGCGGUACUACUGGAGAAAGAUCUUAUUGUAGUUGACCUGACACAGAGCAAUUUUCCAAUCUUUGAAAAUCCAUAUCCCAUGGACAUUCAUGAGUCACCAGUUACAUGCACAGCAUAUUUUGCCGACUGCCCUCCAGAUUUGAUUCUAGUACUCUAUUCUAUAGGAGUCAAGCAUAAAAAACAAGGAUACAGUAAUAAGGAGUGGCCAAUCAGUGGAGGCACUUGGAAUCUUGGAGCACAAACAUAUCCAGAAAUUAUUAUUACUGGUCAUGCAGAUGGAUCAAUAAAAUUUUGGGAUGCUUCUGCAACAACUCUGCAGAUGCUGUACAAACUAAAAACUUCAAAAGUCUUUGAAAAACAAAAGGUGGGAGAAGGCAAACAGUCGUGUGAAAUGGUAGAAGAUGAUCCAUAUGCCAUUCAGAUGAUUUAUUGGUGUCCAGAGAGCAGAAUAUUUUGUAUAUCAGGAGUCUCUGCAUAUGUCAUUAUUUAUAAAUUCAGCAGACAUGAAGUUACAACAGAAAUAGUGUCAUUAGAGGUACGACUUCAGUACGAUGUUGAAGAUAUUAUUACCCCUGAACCAGAAACAAGUCCUCCGUUUCCAGAUGUCUCAUCCCAGCUUCCUUCUUCAAGGAGUCUUUCUGGGAGCACUAAUACUGUGGCUAGUGAAGGAAUAACAAAGGACAGUAUUCCAUGCCUGAAUGUGAAGACACGACCAGUGAGAAUGCCUCCAGGAUAUCAAGCAGAACUUGUUAUUCACUUGGUAUGGGUAGAUGGUGAACCUCCUCAACAAAUUACCAGUCUUGCUGUAAGCUCAGCAUAUGGAAUAGUUGCAUUUGGAAACUGCAAUGGGUUGGCAGUGGUGGAUUUUAUACAGAAGACAGUACUGUUAAGCAUGGGGACUGUUGACCUAUAUAGAUCAAGUGACUUAUACCAGCGACAGCCACGGUCUCCUAGAAAGAACAAGCAGUUCAUUGCAGACAACUUUUGCAUGCGUGGCCUGUCUAACUUUUAUCCUGAUUUAACGAAACGGAUCCGUACUUCCUAUCAGAGUUUGACUGAACUGAAUGACAGUCCAGUUCCCCUGGAACUUGAACGCUGUAAAUCUCCCACCUCAGGACUUGCUACCAGAACUCCUGAGGCAGCACCAGGCUUUUGUAGGAAUGAAAUAGCAGCUGUGAAACAGAGGAAUAAAGUACCUCACUUGCCAGACCAUGUAAAUGGACACUGCACAAGUCCAACUUCUCAAAGUUGCAGUUCUGGAAAACGUCUUUCUAGUGCUGAUGUUUCAAAAGUAAAUCGCUGGGCUCCUGGAAGACCACCAUUUCGAAAGGCACAGUCAGCUGCUUGUAUGGAGAUUUCUCUACCAGUUACAGCAGAAGAAAACCGAGAGAAUUCCUAUAAUCGUUCUAGAAGCUCUAGUAUCUCCAGUAUUGACAAAGACUCAAAAGAAGCAAUUACAGCAUUAUACUUUAUGGAAUCCUUUGCACGAAAAAAUGACUCUACCAUCUCCCCUUGUCUAUUUGUUGGAACUAGUCUGGGAAUGGUGUUGAUCUUUUCCCUAAACCUACCAAUAUCAGAUGAACAAAGGUUUACAGAACCAAUCAUGGUACAGCCAAGUGGUACAUUCCUGUCAUUGAAAGGAGCUGUGCUAACAUUUUCUUGUAUGGACCGAACUGGUGGAUUAAUGCAACCACCAUAUGAAGUUUGGAGGGAUCCAAACAAUACAGAUGAAAAUGAAAAAUCUUGGAGAAGGAAAUUGGUCUUGAAUUCCUCAUCUUCAUCCCAAGAAGUAGGAGAUCAUCAGUAUACAAUAAUCUGCUCAGAAAAACAAGCCAAAGUCUUCUCACUGCCUUCUCAGACUUGCCUUUACGUUCAUAACAUCACUGAGACAUCUUUUAUACUGCAAGCCGAUGUGGUGGUCAUGUGUAACAGUGCCUGCUUGGCAUGCUUUUGUGCUAAUGGGCAUAUCAUGAUAAUGAGCCUACCUAGUCUUCGUCCAAUGUUGGAUGUUAAUUAUUUACCACUGACGGACAUGAGGAUAGCACGGACAUUUUGUUUUACCAAUGAAGGACAGGCAUUAUACCUGGUCUCUCCUACUGAAAUUCAGCGGUUGACAUACAGCCAAGAAAUGUGUGAUAAUUUACAGGACAUGCUAGGAGAUUUGUUCACCCCCAUAGAGACACCAGAAGCUCAAAAUAGAGGAUUUCUGAAGGGACUUUUUGGUGGAAGUGGACAAACAUUUGACAGAGAAGAGCUAUUUGGAGAAGCCACAGCAGGAAAAGCAUCCCGCAGCCUUGCACAACACAUCCCUGGACCAGGCAGUAUAGAAGGAAUGAAAGGUGCUGCUGGAGGGGUGAUGGGGGAGCUGACCCGAGCCCGGAUUGCGCUGGAUGAGAGAGGGCAGAGGUUGGGAGAGCUGGAAGAGAAGACCGCAGGCAUGAUGACCAGUGCAGAAGCGUUUUCCAAACACGCACAUGAGUUAAUGCUGAAAUAUAAGGAUAAGAAAUGGUACCAAUUCUAAACUUCUAAGGAAGCUGUGACUGCUUUGAGAAAUCAUUAUUCAGGGAGACCAAAUUUAUUCCCAGCAUCACUAUUCAACUACUAGAAGCCAGUUUCUUCUACAAAAUGUUCCAUUACAGUCCACUGAAGUUAUUGUAAAGGAGACUUAUUAAAGACAAUGUACAACCCAAAGGCUGGAACCCUGGUUAAAAUCCAAGGUAAUGGCUGAAUAUACCUUUUCCCAUGUGGAAUGGAGCUAUCAUCUUGGCAUGUGAUUUGCUAAAGAUUUAAAUUUAGAAACUAUGGGGAGUCCUUUUGAUUUGAAAUUCCUGCACAAACAAAAGCAUUAAUGCACUUAAUGAAAAAAUCUUUGCAUGAUAAAUUAACAGCUUAAGAGGAAAAGAAGAAAAGCAUGUGCGACAGAAGAAAAAGAUUUAUGGUAAACUAUUUUUAUAAAUCGAGCCACACUCAACAGUUUAAAAAAUCUGCAUUAGAAGAUAUCAAUGCAUCUCAAAUACAUUUGCCAUACCCCACUGAAAAACAAAGCAAACAAAACAAAAACCCAGAGUUUUCUUCUCAUCUGUAACCUUCAUUGUACUUAGAACAUUAUUGAAUUCUUACAAGAAGAAUUAAUGUUUUUCUCUCUCCAUUGUAUUUUACACCAUUCACAGUUCUCAGUCUUAAUCAAGUAUUGCCAGUACUGUAAAUUAUUCCCAACACAAUUAUUGCCAUUUCUCUCACCUUCAGAAUGGGUUGCUAUUUUUAGUCAUUAAACCAUACAGGGUUGUGUCCCCUUAAAGCAUUUUUUUUCAACCUGGUGUUUACUCAGCAAGGGAAUUGGCUAUAGAUUUGGGGAACUAGACUACUGGAACAAGGCAGAUAGCUUUGAGCACUAAUUUCACAAAGAGUGAAAUUUCAUGCAUCCCAGUUUCAGCUUCUAAAGUGAUAUAUGUUAAAGCUCCAUUUGUAUCCAUGUCUGUCAGUUACACAGUAUAUUACUGUUCAAACCCAGUAGGGUCUACAGUCCCAAGGUGCUUUUGCAGGCUGACAUUCACAGACCAAACUGGUCAUUCUCUUUAGCAUGAUUCAGUAAAACCUCAGUUAAUGUAUUGGGAAAUGAAUUCUGAUUUAUUACAUUUCUGAUUAAAAAGGGCUUUCAUUAGAAAAUACUUUUGAGUUCAGUAGUUAUUAAUAGAAAAUAUUCAUAUAUGUGGUUUUGCUAUCUUGGCUUUACUCAUCAUGAACAACAGAAGUACAUAGAGUUUAAUGACACAAAAUCAAUAAUUUUGUCAUUAAUCAAAUCAACUAAUAUAAGCUACAAAAUUAUAUCAAUAAAUACCAAAUACAUAUUCCUUAAAAUUCUCCAAUGUAGGGGCUGGGGAUUUAGCUCAGUAGUUCUGCUGCCUGCCUCACAAGUGCAAGGACCCGAGUUCGAUCCCCAGUACCAAAAAAAAAAAAAAAAAUUCUCAAAUGUAGAGCAUCCCCAGUAAGAUAAAAGUUAUCCAUCAUAACAGAAAAGUACUAGAGAUUGAAUAAAAUAAAGACAACUACUAGCACUACUUAACAUGAUUCUGGAAGUCAAAACUCAGAGGAAAACAUAUGUAUUCUAGGGCCCAUCUUAUAAUAUGCUGCUCCUUCAAAAAGAAUCUUUUUUAAUGUUAUAGGUUUGACUUACUGAAUUUUGAUGAAUCAAGGUCUUACUGGAUUUACAUUUGAGUUUCUUAAGAAUUCACCAUUUUUGUGGAGUCCAGGUUAUUUUCAUUGCCAAAAUUUUUGGUUUUUGAGAUUUUUUUGUUCAAAGUGGUGCUUCCUUUAAAAUGUUCUUAGUAAUAUUGAAAACAGAAAAGAUGAUUGAAACAGUCAGAAAAUAUAUAGUAGGACAACAUUUUGCAGAGCUCUUGAAUUCACCUGGCUUCUUAAAAAAAAAAAAAAAAAAAAAAAACCUCUUCACAAAUCUCUCAGAAUCUGGAUUGGAAAUACAAAUAUGAUGAAAUUAUAUAGUGAAAAUAUUACAUAAAGUUGAAGCCAGAUCUGGAAAACAUUGACAACCAAAUUGCAAUGCACUCUUUCUACCAUCAGUCUCAAGGACCCAGUCUUCUAAUUUUUCUGAAUGAACACUGUGUGAUUUCUACAUUUAAAAAAUAACCUAGAGGCCGGUGAUUUAGCUCAGUGGUUCCGGCUCCUGCCUCGCAAGCGCAAGGUUCCAAGUUCGAUCCCCGGUACCAAAUAAAUAAAUAAAUAAUAACCUAGAAGAGUGAAAACUUUUAUUUUAGGAAUAAUGAAAUUCAGCUCAAAGUAGCAUUAAAUUCAAUAAAUACCUGGAAGCCCAAUAAGAUUUAACUUGUUCUGGGCUGAGAGAAUAGCUCAGUAGUAGAGCAUUUACAAACGAUGCACAAGGCCCUGGGUUCUAUCUCAAGCUCUGCCAAACAAAGUGAUUUAACUUGUUCUAUAUCAGGGUUUCUCAAUAGUUGCCCUAUUAGCACAAAAUUUUCUGUUGUGGGAGACUGACCUCGGUAUUGCAGGAUGUUAGUAAGAUCCUUGGCCUCUAUCCACUAGAUGCCAGUAGAAACCCCCAGCAAUGACAAUCAAAAAUGUCUCCUGCCAUUCCCAAAUUGUUCUCAAUUGAGAAUCACUAUUCAUCUUUUAAAGAGACAGAUUGUGAAAUAUGUAAUAUAUGUCCCGAGUAAAACUUCACAUAAAUGCAUACUGUUAGCAAGAUAAAUUAUUGCACCCAAAAUUACAUGUGUGAUUCAUAUGCAAUAAAAUACAAUUUUGGAGAAAGCGUUUAUGAACCAAUGAGGGAAAAAUUAUUAUUUAACAUUUUAAAGCACACAGAGAAAAUACCAAAAGGAUAUUACACUCUUUUGCAAGAGAAGUGCUUAAAUCUCUGGCGUCAAUGCAUAGAUCAAAAGUUUAUGGUUAGCAUAUCAUUUGGAAGUAAACAGGUGCUUUUGAAAUGCUUGAAAAGAACAGGUUCAUCUAAGUGAUUUAAAUGUGCUUACAAAAUUGUUUUCAUAAGCCCUUAAGCCCUUUCUUAAUGUAAGGGUAACUUCGUCCCACAAAUUCCUGAUAAGUGGAAUCCAAAUUAAUGAGGUUUUACUGUAUCAAAAUUAUUUUUAUAAUUCAAAGAGUCAGCAAUAACAAGAAUCUAAUGUGGAUGUGAUUUUUCUCUUUGAACAUUUCUGUUCUAUUGCACUAACCUUACCACACACACACACACACACACACAAACACAAGAUCACCACCACUACUAUUUUUAUCAUCAUCAUCUUGGGAAAAUGAGUACUGCUGAUCUGUGUAAUCUUUUGCAUCGUCUCUUAUUUUCACCAUCUUGGAACAUAUUUUUAAAAUCUCCUAACAUUGACAAUGAUGCAGGUGAUGAACCGAGCCUUGGUUGCCAUAAAAAUUAUAUCUGCUAAGGUAGCAUCAGAAGAUAAGGCUUACAAACUACAGUCUUGACAAGUUGACUUUACUUCCCUAUGGCUCCUUUCAUAGAUAAGCCCUUUUUAGUGUUCCAGUGGAAAAUGGCCUUUCCAUUCUAUUCAUCAAUGAGAAUCUAUUUGUUUAUUUGUUCUAAUAAUAAUGUGAGAAAUGUGAAAUCUUCCAUUUAUCUAGGGGUUUGGAGGGAGAAUGAUUGAGUUAUCAUUUAUGUUAAUCCCCUACAAAAGCAGUACUACUGACUUUUCUUCCUAUACUUCGUUGAGGCCCACAUUUACUGUCUCAAUCACAACCAGGGUCAUUAUCUGACUGUGAUUUUAGAGGGACAGAGAUGAGUGAGAUGUAUUACGGUAUUUCAUUCAUAAAGACAAUUUUUUAAAUCUUUUGGAAUUGAUUCUCAAUAAAUCAAAAUCUAGGACUUUCAAAGUUUUUAAGGGUUUUUAAGGGAAAAGUUCCAUGUUUAUAUGACUCUAUAUACAGUUUUAAAGGUACUAUUAUCCAUUAUCUACAUGACGUUGAGAGAAAAAAGGAAUAAGAUUAGGCCCAAGAUUGACUGAGGAAGAUUAGGGUAGAAACUUGUGGUACAGGGCUAUAAAAUGUUUGCACAGAUGGGGAAAUUAAGGAGGUUUGGAAAAAUAAAUAAAAAUCCUGUCCUUAGCUUAAUAACAUUGGAACAACCUGGGCCCACAUGGGGAAAAAGAACACUGUAAUCUGACCACAUUGGUUUAGAAAAGACAAUGCCAAAGCAAAUGGGCACAGCAUAUCAAGACUUGCUCACUACAUCAGUGGAAAUGUGGUAACCUUCACCUGUUUUCACCAUCCAACCCCAUUUUGGCUGGGCACUAUUUCAUGUGUACACUGCUCCAAGUACUAGAAAUAUUUUUUGUGAACAUAAGUUGAGCAUUAUCUCUAAUAUGCACUAUUCCAAGGAGAGCACAGUUGUCAGAUAAAAUGUUUGGUAUGUGUACUUGCAGACCACAUAUCCCUGAACAGAAGUAAUGCAGAACAGAUACAGUCUGAUUUGGGAAAGGGGAGGAAGUGCCAGUGUACAAGAGUAUUAAGGUGGGAGGGACAUGAUUGGAAGCACAGAUAGAUACCUUUAAUUGUGUAUUUAUCUUGAGGUGUGAUUCUCAGCCUUGACUGUACAUCACUUGAGAUUUUAAAACUCCCAAUUAUAUCAAGAUUCCUUGGAAUGGAAAGCAGACUUCAGUCUUUUUGAAAGCCUCCAAGGUGGUUCCAAUGUCCAACGAAAGUUGCUAACCACUUCUUUGUGGCCAAUUAAUGCAGACAUACUUGUCUACUUUGGCUGGUGUGUUGGGCUCAGGGAAGGCAAGAUGUAAGAACAGUAUUGACUGUAUUUGUACUUAUUCUAUGUCUCUCACAGAACAAAAGUCCGAGUGAAUUUCUCACCAGUAAGCACCGUUUUAAUUCCCAAUAACUCUGCAAUGUUCUCAUAUGUGAAUUACCCAUUAAUUAUUCCAACUCCAACUUAUAAAUUUUUUAUUGUCUUUUGGAUGUGACAUUUCAAGAUACUGGAAAUACAUCUCACAGUAAAUUCAACAGCAUAGAAAGCUAAGUGGAAAACUAAUUCUCAAUAUUUGGACAGUGAGAAUUUUCAAAAUCAUCAUUUACUAAAUUAGGUCUAACUUUAAUAGUAAUUCUUUUGGAAGAGACGUGGGUACCAGGUUCCUUUUUUAUUGUGGUUUGAAUCAAAAGCUCCCAGGGCCACUUAGAUUCAAUUUUCUUCAUUAUUGGAUAUGUAUUUAAAGGGAAAAAUGCUUAGAAUUUACUGUCCAACCUCCAGUGUGCUGAAAGAGUGCUAAUACCAUCACAAAGGGAGAGUUGGCCUAGCAAAGGCAGAAACACACAGUGACAAAAGAUCCAGAGUAAUCUCUUCUCGUACUUUCCCUCUAGUUUUGGCCCACCCUUUUCAACUGCAAAGCCAGAAAGUAAAUAAAGUGGUAGUUUUGGACAAUUGUACACAGGAUCAAAAUCUCUUAAUAACCUAUAAUUUUUAGUACUUAAUUAUGUGAUGUUUUAUUCUAGGAAAUAAGAAACAGAUAACAUCAUUGAUGUAUCUUUCUUUCAUCUUCAGAAUUUUUGCAUCUUUUCAGAAAAUGAAAAAUUACUAUUUUUCUGUUGCACUCAGCAAUUGUGACUAUACUUAAAAUUCUUGUAGUAUGUAGAGAUAUCAAUAAAAUUGUAUAUGUUUGUA